AUGUGUCCCAAGAAGUGGUUCUACGCAAUGAUCAGCGCGCCAUACGGGUCGAUUAGGCUCAAUAACACCAUUAACUGGGCUGGCUGCUAUGUUGAGGCGCACCCAACGGGUGAUAAUAAGGCUCUUAAGACUCCGGCACCUAAGUCGACUUCGGCUACGACGGGAAUGAAGGCAUCUGAGACUGGUCCCGCGGAAACUGAGAGGCCUACCGGUGAUAGUAACGGCGUCGGGCGUCGGGCUGAGGAUCCUGAUCUUUGGAAGGUUGCAGGUACUGGAUUGGCCGCCAUGGCAGUCAACUCUGUCCUUUCGGGCGUGUCUAUUUGA